CCGCGGGUCACGUGAGCGCCGAGUCCCCGCCCCUGGCUGCCUUAGGCUCGGGGAGCGGCUGUGCCCGAGCUGCUGCCUGCCGAGCUCGUGCCGCUGCCGGGGAGCUGGCGGAGCGCGGGAGCCGCCGCUGUUGGGAGUGGACAGAUGGAAGAGAAACGCUAUUUUUAUAACAAAGCAUCCGCUUUACUGGAAUGUGAACAGUGAUUCAUUUACGGAAGAAACACCGUGACCUUUCCAUGUUGAUUUUUAUCUUCUGUUUUGAGGAUGACACCAAAACACGAAAAACAGGAAUUUGUAACUGUCCUGGUACGGGACCCUAGGAUACAGAAGGAAGACUCUUGGCAUUCACACAUAGACUAUGAAAUAUUCAUUCAUACAAAUAGCAUGUGCUUUACAAGGAAAACAUCUUGUGUUAGACGACGCUUUCGAGAAUUUGUAUGGCUGCGACAGAGACUUCAGAAGAAUGCUGUGCUACUCCAAUUACCUGAACUUCCAUCUAAAACUCCCUUUUUUAAUAUGAAUAAUCCCCAUCACGUGGACCAUCGUCGACAGGGCCUACAAGAAUUUCUUGAGAAGAUCCUACAAAAUGCAUUAUUGCUUUCGGACAGUAGACUUCACCUCUUCUUACAGACUCAGCUAAGUCCAGAAGAUAUUGAGGCUUGUGUAUCUGGACAGACAAAAUAUUCUGUUGCUGAUGCAAUUCAUAAGUUUGCGUCUUUGAAACGACGUUUUCCUAUUGAAGAUGAAGAGAGAGAAAGAGGGAAAAAUGAGGCAGAUUCUGAUUCAGAGAGUUCAUCCUCCGGGCUUGGACACAGUAGUGAUGACAGCAUUUCACAUGGAUGUAAAGCAAGCACAGUCCCUGAAGAAUCCUGAAAAAUCACUUGUAUAUUGCCAUCCUAAGAACUGCAAAAUAAUGUUCUCUCUCAAUUUUCAAACCAUAGCUUUGAAACUGUUUCUUUGUUGCUUUUAUUAAAUUGCACUGAUUUAUUUUUACAUGUUGCCUAUUACAUUUAAGUUUACGCAGCCAUUAAAAUCUUGACAAAUAUUGGGCUAGUGGUGUUCUAUUGCCAUGUAUGGCUGAUAAAAUAUUUCCCUGGGUGACUAUGUAUUUUAGAUCUUAAAAAAUAAAGGUAUUUUACAUUGGUUUAAAAGUGGUGUAUCAAAUGAAAAUAUACUCAAAGCAACUUUUGUGUACUUUAUACCAGAGAAGUUUCACUCUAAACAGUUGUGUGACAUUGGUAAUGAAGUUUUAUGUAGACCACAAAGUUUUAACUUUUUAAAAUAGCAUGGUGACUUGAGGAAAACAGAAUCUGUACUAUUUGUUGCUGACAAUUAGAGAUAUAGGCUGAGGGAAGAUCGUCUUUCUCCAAUGUUUAUGGAAAACUUGCUCUUAUCAUGCACAAGAGCCAGAGGCCAACAUUUUCAAACAUAGAUGCCUAAAGUUAGGCACAUAAAUAAAUGUGACAUGAUUUCAAGGGGUGCUGAAAACCUUCAGCUCUCAUGGAAGGUAGUGGGAGUUAUGGUUGCUCUCUCCCUGCAAAAAUCAUGUGUAAAAUCUGGCCCCACUGAAAUCAAUAGGCAUUUUGCACUGACUUCGACAGAGUCAACAUUUCACUCUAGGUAUCUAACUUUAGGGACCUUUGUUUGAAAAUGUUAGCUAAGUGUUCUAGGUUAACAUUUUAAAUGAAGUGAAACUGUCUUUCCGAAAGGAUGAUAGUCACAUAGAUAUAACGCAUUGUUCGAAUGUAGAACUCUAAGCUAUUGGGUACAAACUGAAAUGAAUGGAGUUUUUAAUUUCACUUUUACUGUAGUAAACACAUUGAAAUAUUGACUUUUUCACAAAUGGCAGGCUUGAACACAACUUUUUAACCACAAACAUUUGUUAUAACCUACUUUGCUCUUUAUAGCAGCAACUAUGAGUUAGCUUGUCCCAGAGCCUGUCAAUAGAAAAUGUUUCAGUGUUUAUUUAUAUUUGACGUUUAACUGCUAUUAAAGACAAGGUAGUGGGUCUGAUCCUGUUCUAUUGAAAUAAUGGCAAAACUCCUCCGGAUUUCAGUGCUGCAAGUUCAGGUCCAGUAUGGAUUUUUGUCUCUGACAAAGAUACAGUAGUUAGUAUCUUUUAACCUGUGAAUUACACA